AACCCAAGCUUAAAGCUGAGGACAUUUCCCCAGCCUAGCUUUGAGAUAGUGAGUGUGUUAGCAUCGCUACAUCUAACUUGAAGUUUCUGGAUCCUUAAUCCUCUAACAAAACCGCUGUUGUACAGCUAGCUGCAUUUCAGGCUAAUUUAGCUUAAUGUUACGCUGUGUUCCACGUGCUUCAGAAAUCUGAAACUCGUCACUGGAAGUUUGAAUCAUAACUGUGUUUGGGUUGUUCCCACCGACUUCAUAUUGUUACUGACAGAUCAAGGUUCUCUCAGGGACUGCAGUUUGGCUCGGCGAUGACGAUAAAUGACGUAGACGUCUGACAGAACACUUUUGUUUGCAUGGAAACCUAAGGAAAAUUGGAGUUUCUUCUGACUUGUUAUUGGACAGUUUUCCCGCCCGGUGGUUCAUCCAUUCUGACACACAGUCUGUGGUGUAGAGUUACAGCCACUGUGGAGUAAAAGAGGGUUUUAACGUCCAACAUGUGCUUUGCAGUAUGUUUGUAACCCGAACGCCAUAAAAGCGGAGGUGUUUGUUGUUGUGCUAAGAGCUUCACAGUCUGAACAGAAGGUUGUAUCUGUGAAACAUCAGUGUUCCUCUUACCAGAGUUCUACAGACUCUGAAUACUCUCCAUAUCUGCACCGCACUGCCUGAGCUUCAGCCGCCUAAACAUGUUUGCCUUAACGUCUGCUUUAUGCUUAUGAUUUUGCCAGUUUAUGUAUUAUUUUUAUAUUUUAAAUACCAAAAAAGUGUUAAACGUUAUUUAAGUAUUUGUGAAAUGGAAAGAAAAUGUAUUUUGGUCUAAAAUAAAGGUUUGUCUUUGUCAUUGUUACAGAAUAUUGGCUGUUCUUGUUCUUCUGUGGGGGUAUAAACCUCAGUGGAUCAUCUGCCCCCAGCCAAUCACAUGACCUGCCUGCACAUGCGUCGAUUCUCACUCUCACUGUUUGACUUAUUGUCUUAUUUUUGUCCCGUAAUCACAAAAAAAAGUACAUUUCCAACUGUGUCCUUUAUCGACCUAACCUGCUGCACAACCUUUCCCUGUCGUCUGUGGGUUCAAAUUAGACUGCUUUGAAUGAAGCACUAAACUGUGUUUCAUGCUGUCUUUCAACAUUUGUCACUGUGACAAUUAUGCAGUAGAGUUCCACCCAUUCUGGGUCUCUUUGGAAAAUCCAGUCCAAAUAACAGGGAGUUUGAAAUCCCUCCCAUGGCAACCACUCGCUGACGAUGGACUCAUGACAAAAAGACCAACCAACGUCUUCAUUCGUUCAAGUAGCACAGCUGGAGGACAUGGCUUUCAAUGGCACCUGGCAGGUUUAUUCUGAGGAAAACUUGGAAGAUUUCCUAAAAGCAGUAGGUGCACCUGAAAUGGUUGUGAAGAUGCGCAAAAAUGUCAAACCUGUGAUUGUGAUUGAGCAAAAGGGCAAAGAAUUCACCUACACCAUAAAGACCCCCGCCUGCACCAAAGCCCACUCCUUCAGCAUUGGACAAGAGACAGAAAUGAUGACACUGGACGGCAGGAAGUUUAAGUGUGUCGUCAGGGAGGAGAAUGGAAAGAUGAUUGCUGAGAGUGCAAAGUUCAGCUCCGUGAGAGAAAUCCAAGGAGGGGACAUGGUGGAGACCAUUACUGCCGGCUCUGUGAUCUUUAUCAGCAAAAGCAGAAGAAUCUGACCAGCAUCAAGUUAUAUCUGGUUGCCUGGAUAUUUUACGUUUGACCAAAUGUGUCCAUAAAUAAACAUGUAUGACCAACAAAGCAGUGUGGUUAUUUGUUAUUAUAA